UUUCCUUUCUUACCCAAAAAUAAAAAAUAGAAAUGGAGGGAUUUAUCACCACAUGUCCACAUCCGAUGAGAAGAAAAACAUGAGGAAGUAUCGGCAGAGCUGAGUUAGAUUCUGCCGGAGUGCUACACCGGCGAUCAUCCUUCGGCGAAUCUCCGAUUUACGAUGGAAGAAGUUUCUCCUGACAGCAAGCAAGCAAUCAUUGGACAAAACAAUGAAAUUUUGCAGGAUACUGAUGGUCAGCAAAUAGAGUCUUGUGGCUUAGAUGGCCAAAAUGGUAUUCCUGAAGUGCAGAAAGAAUUUGUUGCACCUGCUGUGGGAAUGGAGUUUGAGUCGUAUGAUGAUGCUUAUAAUUAUUAUAAUUGCUAUGCCAGAGAGGCUGGAUUUCGUGUCAGGGUGAAAAACUCAUGGUUCAAAAGAAAUAGUGGGGAGAAGUAUGGGGCAGUACUGUGUUGCAGCAGCCAGGGCUUCAAAAGAAUCAAAGAUGUAAACCGGUCAAGGAAGGAGACCCGCACUGGUUGUCCUGCUAUGAUAAGGAUGAGAUUGGUGGACUCAAAAAGGUGGAGGGUACUUGAAGUUACACUAGAGCACAAUCAUGUAUUAGGUGCAAAGCUAUACAAGUCUAUGAAGAAAAUUAGUAGCGGAGCCAAGAGAAAGUUGGAAGCAAAUUCUAACACUGAAGUACAAACAGUUAAGUUAUAUCGGGCACUUGUGAUUGAUACAGGGGGUAAUGGGAGCACAAAUUCUGGUGCAAGGGAGGCCAGGGGAUCAACUGAUUAUUCUGGUCACUUGAACCUAAGAAAAGGUGAUACCCAAGCUAUGUAUAAUUACUUCUGCCGUAUGCAACUGACUAACCCAAAUUUCUUUUACAUGAUGGAUCUGAAUGAUGAAGGGCACCUGAGGAAUGUGUUCUGGGUUGAUGCCAGGUCUAGAGCUGCCUGUUGUUACUUUAGUGACGUGAUUUAUUUUGAUAAUACAUAUUUGUUGAACAAAUUUGAGAUCCCUCUUGUGGCACUCGUUGGUAUAAAUCAUCAUGGUCAAUCAGUGUUACUUGGCUGUGGAUUGCUUGCUGGUGAAACAAUGGACUCGUAUAUUUGGGUGUUCAAAGCUUGGCUUACUUGUACAUCUGGACAACUCCCCCAAACAAUUAUUACAGACAGAUGCAAGACGUUGCAAAGUGCAGUGGCUGAAAUGUUUCCGAGGUCUGUUCAUUGUUAUGAUCUAUCUCACAUUAUGAGAAAAGUUCCAGAAAAAUUAGGGGGUCUGCGAAACUAUGAUUCUAUCCGAAAGGCCUUCACCAAAACCAUAUACGAGACGUUGAAGCCAAUUGACUUUGAAGCAGCAUGGGGAUUUAUGAUCCAAAGGUUUGAGGUUGGUGAUCAUGAAUGGCUUCAUUCAUUGUAUGAUGAUCGAUCCAGAUGGGCUCCGGUGUAUCUGAAAGACACAUUUUUUGCUGGAAUGGCCACUGCAAGACCCACAGAAAUACUGACUGCUUUUUUUGACAGAUAUCUCCACAAACAAACUCCUCUUAAAGAGUUCCUUGAUAAGUAUGAACUAGCUUUACAGAAAAAGCACAAGGAAGAAUCCAUUGCAGAUAUGGAGUCAAGAAGUUCAAAUCAUGAACUGAAGACAAGAUGCUCCUUUGAGCUGCAGUUGUCCAAAGUGUACACCCGAGAAAUAUUUAAAAAAUUCCAGUUAGAGGUAGAGGAGAUGUAUUCUUGUUUCAGUACAACACAGUUGCACGUAGAUGGGCCAAUAAUAAUAUUUUUGGUCAAGGAACGUGUUUUGGGCGAGUGGAACAGGAGAGAGAUUCGCGAUUACGAAGUUCUGUACAACAGAGCAGCAGUUGAAGUCCGUUGCAUUUGUAGCUGCUUCAAUUUCUAUGGUUAUCUGUGCCGCCAUGCUCUAUGCGUACUGAACUUCAACGGGGUGGAGGAAAUCCCGUCUAAGUACAUCUUACCAAGGUGGAAAAAGGAUUACAAACGCGUGUGUGUUCCCGAUCCAGGCUCCAAUCCCGUCAAUGGCACUGAGCAGGUUCAAUGGUUCAAUCAGCUGUACAGAAGCGCGCUCCAAGUCGUGGAGGAAGGCGUGAUUUCCUUAGAUCAUUACAAGGCUGCACUACAAGCGUUUGAAGAAUCUCUGAGUAGAGUUCACAGCAUUGAAGAGAAACACAAAUGAGAGGAGAGCAUUCAUCUCUGGAUAUAUAGGUUGUAUCAUAAAUGAGAUUUCUUGAAUUGUCAAUACUUGUUUAGUGGUACUACUUUGUACGGAGUAGUUAUUCAUUGAAUAGUUAUGUACUUGUAUAUCAAUUCUCAUAUCUAUUUGCCA